AACACGGAUGUAGAACUAGGAGAGGGAGUUUAUUUUUUAAUAUUCCUUCCUCGUAGACGAAUUGUAGACUAGAUAGGUGAAUACAACCUGAGAGGAACAGGCUCUUUUGACAAUAAUAAUACCACAAGUCUUCUAAGCAUGUCUAAAUUACAGUCUUUGAAUUCGUUUCUUUCUGAGUGUUUGACGGCGGCGACAGUGGAGAUUUUGGGGGCAGUUGAGAAAGUCGUAGCUGAGUACCAGGAGGAGAUCUCACGAUCUAAAGAGGAGAAUGAUCGUCUACGGAAACUAUUUGGGAUUACACCGGGUAUAAAACUAUGUACAACAGACUCCCAGCAGCUCUCUCUCCCUGUAUCUGAAGAGGAGUUUCCCCCCGAGCAAAAACACUGUGAGCAGGAGUGGUGCCCUAGUCUGGGACAAGAGGAACCAGGGCGCAUACUGAUUAAAGAGGAACUGAGGACCAGCCAGGAGGAAGAGCAGUUUCAAGGGCCGGAGGGUAAUACCAUAGAGUUUAUAUUUAGUUCUCCCUGUGUGAAAAGUGAAUGGGAUCAGGAAGCCAUCAGCCACUGCUCAGCUGUAAUUAGUGACCAAGUUAACAGUCCACCAUUGGAUCCCGAACCACCAUUGGGGGCAUACUGUUCUAAACUCAGCACCAUGUCUAAAAAAUCUCACUGCUGCUGUGACUGCGGCAAAGUAUUUGCUCUAAAAGCUGACCUUCAGAGGCAUGUGACUCUCGCCAGGGAAAGACCCAUUGAAUGCCCCCACAACUCCACCAGUAAACUGAAGGCCCAUGUCCCACUCUGUCACGGUGGGAACCCCUGCCUUGUUUGUGGCAAGACCUUUAAAAACAGAGCACAUCUAUCCCAGCACAUGAGGAUUCAUACACGGGACAGGCCAUUUAGCUGUGGUGACUGUGGAAAAUGCUUCUAUAGCAAGGGGCUGCUGAAUGUGCAUAUACAGACUCAUAAAGGAGAGAAACCAUUUAGCUGUGGAUACUGCGGGAAAAGCUUCUAUCAGAAGGGGAACCUAACCCAACAUGUACGUACUCACACAGGAGAGAAACCAUUUAGCUGUGGUAGCUGCGGAAAGAAAUUCAGUCGAAAAACACAUUUGAACAGGCAUAUACUGACUCACACAGGUAAAAAACAGCAUGGUUGUUCUGUGUGUGGUAGAAGAUUCACUGGGAAUGCUUACCUGCUGAAACAUGUGGAUAAAGUCCACAAAUAACAAAAACAGAACCAAAACAGAAUGGCGAAAGACAGUGAGGACACGGACAUCUUACGUCAGAAGAUGGGACUAAAAAUGCAGGAUGUGGACAAAACUCGUAGGAAUGCAACACCACACUGGAUCAUUCAUGCUGUUGGUUUCAAAUGAAUAGAUAUAGACUGUUUUAACAUUAGCCUAUUAACAAUUAGAUUGUUUUGGAAUGUCUGAGCCAUGGUGAAGAGAAAAUGAUCAGACUGAUGUUAAUACAGAAAACUUUUCAGAAAAUUCUAUCCUUGAAUUUGAGUGUUUCUCUAUCCAAUUUGAUGGUCUAUUCUGACCUAAUGCUGCUCAUCCAUGAUAUUGCAGCAACCUUAAAGUUAAAAUCCAUUGUGGUGAAACUUCCACGUACGUUUGUGAUAUAACAACAAAGAUGUUACUUCAAACAACA